UAGCAGCCUCUUCGGGUCUCCAGCCAUGUGGCCUCUCUCUCUCUCAACGAUGCACAUCUCCCCAUGACUGUUUGCCUAACAAUCAGAACCCUGUAGCUCCCUUUGUUUGCAGAGGCCUCAACGGUCCUCAGUGACCGAGGUGGUGGACAAAAGAGAUUUCGUAUUCCUGUGACUGGUAUUAAUAUAUGAGUUAUUGGUUGGCAUGAUCACAUGUCAAUGCAAGGGGAGUUUCAACACCAUACUGGCCAUUGUUCGUGUUCCUGAGGCCCACGUUACAUGGUUUUAAAAGCAUCCUACUGAAUCAUAAGUUCCCCACGACUGCCCACCUGGGUUUCUGCCUCCUGGCACUUCCUCUCUCUGUUUCUCCCUCGAGAUCUUCGCACCUUCUCUUUUCUCUUUCCUUGGCGUUUCAAUUAGUUCUUUUGAAGGUGGUGGUGGAGGAAAGUUAAGAGAAAAGGGUCAUGGAUUCUGCUAACAUGGUGCUGAAAGCUCGAGCCCCAACUGGAUGUGUUAACAGAGUUGAUGGACUCGAAAACUCCAAAUUUUGGGGUGACAGAUGCUUGAAAAACAGAGUAGUUUUUGGCUCCCAACUAGAGAAGAGGAUGAAAUCGAGAAGCUCAGGUGGGAGGAUGAAUGUUGGUGUUACACGCUCUGUUCUCACUGAUAUCAACAAGGAUGUUUUGACCUUCCGGGAACCUGUUUUUAUACAGGAACAAGCAGAUCCGAAAAAUGUUGCUGCAAUAAUAUUAGGUGGUGGAGCUGGAACUCGCCUCUACCCACUUACCCGAAGAAGAGCAAAGCCUGCGGUUCCCAUUGGAGGAUGUUACAGACUCAUUGAUGUUCCAAUGAGCAACUGCAUAAACAGUGGAAUCAACAAGAUUUUCAUUAUGACCCAAUUUAACUCUGCAUCUCUUAAUCGCCAUCUUGCUCGCACAUACAACUUUGGGAAUGGAGUCAAUUUUGGAGAUGGGUUUGUCGAGGUAUUAGCAGCAACUCAGACUCCUGGUGAAUCUGGAAUGAAUUGGUUCCAAGGCACAGCAGAUGCUGUGAGGCAAUUUAUUUGGGUUUUUGAGGAUGCCAAGAAUAAGAAGGUGGAGCAUAUUCUCAUAUUAUCUGGUGAUCAUCUAUAUAGAAUGGACUACAUGGACUUUGUGCAGAGACAUGUUGAUACAGGUGCUGACAUAACUGUUUCAUGUGUUCCAAUGGAUGACAGUCGUGCAUGUGACUAUGGAUUGAUGAAGAUAGAUGAAAAAAGUCGAGUUGUCAAUUUUGCUGAGAAACCCAAGGGUGCUGAUCUAAAAGCCAUGCAAGUGGACAACACUCUUCUAGGGUUGAGUCCUCAGGAAGCUAAGAAAUAUCCAUACAUUGCAUCCAUGGGGGUUUACGUAUUUCGAACCUCUGUUCUACUGAAGCUACUAAGAUGGAGGUAUCCCACAGCCAAUGAUUUUGGAUCAGAAAUCAUUCCUGCAGCUGUCAAAGACCAUAACGUGCAGGCAUAUUUAUUUAAUGAUUACUGGGAAGAUAUAGGAACAGUCAAAUCUUUCUUCGAUGCUAACUUGGCUCUUACAGAACAGCCUCCGAAGUUUAGUUUCUAUGAUCCAAAUACACCUUUCUUCACAUCACCACGAUAUCUUCCUCCAACUAAAAUAGAAAAAUGCCGGGUUAUCGAUUCAAUAAUUUCCCAUGGAUGCUUCUUACGAGAAUGCAGUGUUAAGCACUCCAUUGUAGGUGUGCGCUCACGUCUAGAAUAUGGUGUGGAGUUGCAGGAUGCCAUGAUGAUGGGAGCUGACUACUACCAAACUGAAGCUGAAAUUGCAUCUCUCCUGGCAGAGGGAAUGGUUCCCAUUGGUGUAGGUCAGAACACCAAAAUCAGGAACUGCAUCAUCGACAAGAAUGCUAAGAUUGGUAAGAAUGUAGUCAUCGUGAACAAAGAUAAUGUUAGAGAAGCAGAUCGACCAUCAGAAGGAUACCAUAUUCGCUCUGGUAUCACGGUAAUACUGGAGAAUGCAACCAUCAAGGAUGGAACUGAAAUAUAAGCUAAUCUCAAGUUGGAUUCUUUACUUGCUAGAGAUGGACCAGACUAGACGCGUAGCACACUUAGCAAUGCUCUUGAGCAUCUCCUGUAAAAGUGCGAACUGUAAUGGAAAAUAGUCGUAGAGCUGCUACUCCAACGUAGAAGCCUUAAUGGCCGUGUAAAAUGAGUCUGGUAUGUCUUCCCACUACGGGCUAUAUUUUCAGGUUCCAAAUUUCAGAAUAAGAGCGGAUGUGAGAAUCACUAUCUACAUGUAAAUUAGUUACUUCUCGCUGCAUGAUAGGAUAUUCAAGUGGUAAUUUUAAGGAAUGCCUGGUGGAAAAAUUAACUGAGGUCUUAUGAUCCUCUGCAUCAUGUAAAUAUUUUCCAGAUAUCAAUGAAAACCUCGGUCGGCUUCGUAUUUAA